AUGCGGAUGUUCGUGCCUUCCAACGUGAUGCCGGGCUACAGGAACGUGGUGGCCACGGCCACUCCAUCCUUGGCCAAAUGGGUGGACACCCUGGGCGGUCGAAUGGGAGCCGCCAGUGAGGACACCUUCUAUUUUGCGGAUAUGACCUUAGUGCCAGAGUCCCUGCAACGGACCAGCGAUGUCAACUCCCACACGACCGCGGACUCCUUCAGGUACACUCUGAAGAUCGGCUUGCCUUUGUCCACCGAUUUGGUGCGUGUGAAGCUUCACAUCAACGAUGUGCUGAAGUGUCUCCUCAACUGGCUUGGCGAGUUGACCUCCGCCACCGCAGUCUUCAAAUUGAUCACCAACCUCUUUCCAGCCAUGGAGAAGGAGACCUUUCGCCUCUUUCUGCAUUUGCCCUGGCUACAUUUGGGUUUGGCCCAUCCGUCAGAAUUGGACCCCUUGGCCAAAUGCCGUCCGGAGACCGCAGAGCCGUGA